AUGCGCAGGUUUGAAAAGCGUCCACUUGAAGAGACCAGAACUGCAGUGCCUGAAGAUCGCCAAGAUGGCGCUGGUACCAAAGAAGAGCCAGGCACGAAGCGACAAAAGGUCGAUGAGGACAGCAGGGAAAAAGCUAAAACUGGCACCAACUCUGAUGCGAGCCCUGAGGGACUGACUGACUGGAAGCCGCAGGGUGGGGCACCUGCAGAGACUGAAAAGACAGAAGGAUCGAUAGCUGGCGGCCGACGCGAUGCAAUUCACAGCAAGCCUGUACUUCGCGCGGCUCCCACACCCGUCGUCAGUAUGCUGCCAAUGCUGCGAAGUAGUCUAGUGGGCGUGGAUAGCGACGCUGCGGGGGGUAGGAAAACGACGACGACAAGAGGGCCUGAAAGGAAUAGCGCAAAACGGAAAUUGAAACCGGAGACCGCUGAUGAUGUGCGACCAAAGAAAAGAAAAACAGUAUCAUGGGCACCACAGGAGAAGCUCGUCGAUGUCCAGCAUAUUGAUACUCGUCUUGAGCUGAUACGAUCUUGGGAUCCAGAAUUUGAGAUAACGUUGCCAUUUGGUCCUGCAACACUACAAAUGUUCAAAUCCAUGUCUGAAGAACAGCGAAAGACAGAAGGACAUGAUCAAGGUGUGGGUCGCGAUGGCGGCGGGGUUUCUGUGCUGGGUGGUGGAUGUAUGACGGCAUUUGAAGCGGCGCGAAAGAAGGAGCAUGACAUGGAACUGGACAGGGCACAAAAAGCUCGGGAAGAGCUGAACAAGAAAUUGAACAUGAUGGGUGCAGUGCAUACUUGGCGCAAGCCGACCGCAAUCGUUUUACCUGCAGAAUGCCGCAUUGAUGCUGAUGGGAUCGAGCAGUAUGAUUUGGGGGACGAGGCUGGCUCUUCGAUGACGAGAGAUGCUAACGCUCAGACUCCUCCAUCACCGCUGAUGGGUUUCAACACUGGGAGGGACAGCAUGGAACCUAAUGACUCGCGGGUGCACUUGUUCCCACUUUCAGACGCUUCCGUGGAGACUGGGGAAAGCGCGGUCAGUAGCACAGAGAACACGAUGAGGGUAGACCAAGAAGGCGAGCGGGAAGGUUUAGAAGAGAAGUAUUAUCGAGGCAAUGGUGGAAAGUUUGACAGUGGACGAAAUAAUGGUGUGGUACGAACGGGACAUCAUGGAAACGAAAUGGGAGAAUUUGGGAUGGGAAGACAUGAGGCUCACAUGGGGGAUGGCAGCGGCGGAUUCAAAGGAGGGAUUGCAGGAAUGGGAGGGGUGGGAGGAAUGGGAGGAAUGGGAGGGUUGCCAGGCAAAGACCGCACUCAUCUACCGCCACACGCUGUUCAACAUUUGCUCUCUGCGUUGCAGUCGACUGGGUUAUUAAGUCAAACUAACAACGGACACCAGGACAGAAAUAUGGGUGGAAAGUAUGGGGGAGGCGGGAUGGGAAAUGACCGAGGAGUACCUGGAGAACCAUACCGACCUCGGCAGGAUUCUGGCGGGCCAGGAAUGGACGUGACGAUGAACGACGCAAACGCGAACGGGGGUCGGUACGGAGAAGACGAACGUCGACGUAUGCACGGGCCGGAGAACGGGAUGGGUAUGGUAAACGGGGCUGUAGGCCCACCGGGGCCGGGGCCGGCACCAGUGGCGCCGCCGCCCCCCCCUCCACCGCCCGGGGCGAUAUUAGGUCACGGCGGACCGCUCGGAGGCGGGUUCCAUCAAGGAGUUCAAGGCGGAAUGAUGGAUGGGUUUCCAUUUCCGAUGCCGCCAAUGCCUCCGCCACCCAUGGGGAUGCAUCCCAACCUAAUGGCACUGGGGAUGGGACUAGGGAUGCCUGGGAUGGGGAUCAGGAUGCCGUUUAACAUGGGCGGUGCAGGGAUGGGCAUGGGAGGUGGGAAAGGCGGGGGCAAGUCUGGAGCUGGACGCGGACGGGAAGCUGAGACGAUAACGAGACCUAAGAUGAAGGGACCCAAGCAACGGAAGAAAUGCAAGUACUUUGGAACAAAGCAAGGAUGUCGGGACGGGAGUUCGUGUAUGUUUGCGCACAUUUCCUAA